AUGAAGAAAGAUUCUCUUGUGGGGAAGCUACUUCUACUCAAGCACGGGGGAAGACAUCAUCCGAAGAGCAGGGCGGGGAUAAACAAGGACGUAGUUAACUUGAACCGAAAUCGCACAAUAACAACUUUGUCUGCGCAACCUAGCGCGAGAAGGGUGCGUGGUGACGAUGGGAUGGAUCUUAGGCUAACAAGGAAAGCCAGGGGAAAGAUUCUUGGGACUUCAGCUGUUAAAGCCAGUUUAGUUAUAGUGGCAAUUGCCAGCCUUAAAUUAAAGGCCUGCAAUCCUGUUCGAGCGGGUCUAGGUCUAGUUGAGACUGAAGUCAAUGCCCCUAUUGUAAUUCCGGGAUGCCAGCCUUUAAAGAAAGUCAAGAAAGUCAUUGGUUUGGUUCAGUUCCUCGGCUUCGGCAUCUUAAGAUGCAGUGCCCAGAUGCCUCUUCAGUCUAUUGCUCAACGGCCUAUGGCUUCUAUUCCUAGAGCCUUUCCAGAGAAAGUCCUUCUAUCCGGGUUUAAGCUAUGGCUUCGAUUAAGAAAUGAUCUUCCCGACUAG